UUCAUUUCCUGUACAGUGGGACAAACCCCCGGCUCCAUCCCAGCAGGACUACAUCAGUCCUCUGUCCUACUUUUAGAUUUUGGCUUCAAUUUUACAGGUUGGGCUGGAAACGGAUGCGUUUUAUUGCAGCGGCCCGCCUGCGGUAAUGUAACGGACAUCUCGGCUGGAUGUUCGUGUGAGUGUCGAGGGGUUUGUGUUGUUAUGGAGUGCGGAGUCAGUGGAGAUCAUACGUGCUGCUGAUCCAGACGUCCACCCACUAACACCGCGAUCUCCAUCUGCUCUCAUACCUUCAGAGAUACAAAACAUGGGUAAACAAAUCAUCUGCUGCUGGAUUUGGGCUCUAGUGGCUCUUUUCUACUUCCAACAAGCACUUUCUUUUAAUCUAGAUAGUAACAAACCAACAGUUUUUGCUGGACCUCCUGGAAGUUACUUUGGAUUUUCUGUGGCUUUCUUCAAUCCUGACAACAAACAAUUAAACAUACUAGUUGGUGCACCCAGGGCAAACACAUCUGAUCAAACCCCAUCAACAGUCACUGAGAGGGGUGCUGUCUUCAGCUGUCCCUGGCACAAAAGUGGCUCAUGCACCCAGAUUGAGUUUGAUAGCACUGAUGACAGGAAGAAUUCCAAUGGACAGCAAAUGGAGUUUAAGUCAAAUCAAUGGUUUGGGGCCACUGUGCGUUCCACUGGGGACCAUAUUCUGGCAUGUGCUCCUCUUUACCAGUGGAGCACGUAUGGAUUCUCAGAGAGAGAGCCUGUCGGGACAUGUUUCCUGAAGAAAGGCAAUAACAUUGUGGAAUAUUCACCUUGCCGCUCUAGCUCAAACUCACCUGAGGGGCAAGGAUUUUGUCAAGCAGGUUUCAGUGCUGACUUUGUGAAGAAGAAUCGGGUUGUUAUUGGAGGACCAGGAAGCUUUUACUGGCAAGGUCAGCUGAUCUCAGAUGACAUCACCGAGGUCAUCAGCAAAUACAAUAAGGAGUUUUUUACUCCUUACAGUAACCAGUUAUCAACCAAGUCAGCCAGGGCUGAGUAUGAUGACAGUUAUUUGGGUUACUCUGUGGCCAUUGGUGAUUUUAACGAUGAUGGGGAAGAUGAUUACGUCACAGGAGUUCCUAGAGGGGAGAAGGCUCUUGGUUAUGUCAACAUUUUCAAUGGGAGAAACAUGGAGAAGUGUGCAUGUUAA